AGCACAAACAUAAAACUACUUGUACUGAAUUACUGGGAGCUUUCACACCAAAACUUGAGGGGGUUUUGUUUGAAAUGUGAAGAAGAGAUGGAGGGCAUUGAUGAAAAGCUUGAUCUUUCUGUUGAUUCUCAUAACCCAGUUGAAGAUAAUCAACAAGAGGGGCAGAAGCUAGGGUUAGGGUUUGAAAGCCCAAAUCUUGUUGAUCAAACCCUAGAUCAUCAAUCAGGAGGUGAUCAAGAAGAUGGGUUGUGUCAGAAGCUUGAUGAGAUGGGUGUGCAAGAUAAAGAUGGUUUGAUUGGUGAAAAAAAGAUUGAUGGGGUUGGUGAAAAGGAUGAUUUUGAGGGUGAAAAGAAGGAUUUUGAGGGUGAAAAGAGGGAUGAAGGCUUUGAAAAGAAGGAUUUUGAUGGUGAAAAGAGUGAUGAGGGCUUGGUAAAGAAUGAGUUUGAGGGGGAAAAGAGUGAUGAGGGCUUGGAAAAGAACGAGUUUGAGGGUGAAAAGAGUGAUGAGGGCUUGGAAAAGAAUGAGUUUGAGGGUGAAAAGAGUGAUGAGGGCUUGGAAAAGAAUGAGUUUGAGGGUGAUGUGAAAGAGGGGGGAGCUGAAGGUGAGGUAGAUGAUACGAAAGGCGAUGCGAAUGGGGAUGAAAGUGAGGAGAAAGGAGGAGAUGGAGGUGAUUUGAUGGGGGUGAAGGAAGGGGGGUUUGAGAAGGAGGGGAGUAAGUGGAGUGAGAUUGAGGAAGAAGAGGAAGAAAAGGAGAAUGGGGGUUUUGAAGUGAAUAAUGAUGAGGGUUUUGCGGGCGAAAGAGAAGAUAUGACUGGUUAUGGUGAUGGUUGGGAUGACAAGUGGAAUGAUGGUUCUGGGAAAAAUGUGGCUGAUGAAGGGCAAGGAUAUUAUGAUGACUAUGAGAAUGGUGGUUAUCCGAAGCAGUAUGACGAGGAAGAGCGUUGGCAUAGUAAUGUGGAAGGGGGUUCUGUGGGAUUUACUGAUGGGAAUAAUGGGAGUUACCCUUAUCCGCUGAGGCCUGAUGCUGAGGAUUGUUCAUUCUAUAUGAAGACUGGGGCUUGCAAGUUUGGUUCUAACUGCAAAUUUAAUCACCCGCUCAGGAGGAAGAACCAGGCAUCCAGGGACAUGUUUAAGCAAAGGGAAGAGAAUUUUGAUAGGCCUGGGCCAACAGAAUGCAAGUAUCACUCGACACCUGGUGGUUGCAAAUAUGGAAAAGCUUGUAGAUAUAAUCAUGGCAGACCAAAACCUGCAGUGGCUCCAGUCACAGAGUUUAACUUUCUUGGUUUGCCAAUGCGAGUGGGAGAGAGAGAAUGUCCCUAUUACAUGAAAACUAGUUCAUGCAAGUAUGGACCAAGCUGCAGGUUUAAUCAUCCUGAUCCGACAGUGGUGGGAGGAGGCGACCCUGUUUCACAGGGUAGUAUGAAAGAUUCUAUUCCAGGCUGGUCAUCAGCAAGAACUUUGAAUGAGAAUGCUCCCUACAUACCAGUUAUGUAUCCACCAAGCCCAACUGCUGCUCCAAAUGGAAAAUGGAAUGAAUAUCAGGCUCCUGUAUACCCACCACCCGAAGGCAACCUGCCUACUCCCCCAGCAUUUGCCUUGAGGCCCAUGAACAUUCCAGCAACUGAUGCCAACUUCUACGCAUAUCCUCGGCAGCAGCUGAUAGUUGAUGAAUUUCCUGAACGGCCUGGACAGCCCGAGUGCAGUUUUUACUUGAAAACAGGGGAUUGCAAGUACAGGUCUACCUGUAAAUUUCACCAUCCCAAAACUCGGAAGCCAACCUUUACUCUUAGUGACCGUGGCCUGCCCUUAAGACCUGACCAGGGCAUCUGCUCACACUACAGCCGGUAUGGAAUUUGCAAGUAUGGGCCUGCUUGUAGGUACGAUCACCCAGUAAGUAUUGUUAGUACCGCUGAGUCUGAUCAAGGUCAGCCUCGUCGGUAUGGCAGACUUGGAGAUUCAGAUGGGAACUGGAGAAGGGAGCCUGUGCAACAGUCAAUCUGAGAAUCAUGCAAUAGUUUUAGAAUCCUAAGUUAUAAUGAGCACAAAUACUAAGAACUUUAUCUAGUUGAGCUUAAUACUUCUAGUUCACCUUUUGCCGAGCUCUAACAAACCUUUAAAGAUUGAUUGAUUUGAUGCUUUUGUCAUGGAAAGCUUAACUAUGGCGAGCAUAUCUUGUUUUCAAGAUGUAUGCUUGCAAAAACAUUGGAUGGUAUACAAUCUUUACUGUGAAGUUGACAUAUUA